CGUCACUGUCAGUAAUGGGAGGGGAACUGAGAGCCGGACUGAUAAAUAUGCUCAUUUGGCUGGUGGAUCACAUAAACGCUUUACUCUCACAGCACAUCUGCUCCAGAGGGUCAGGAGACCAGCAUCUUCAUUAAGUUUCCAAGGACUUUAACUGCAACUCACUUCAGCUAUUACUUGAGAUUGAGAUACUGACUGUCAUGGCUGACCAGCUGGCUUCAACAAAGGAGAACUUGGCACGGAUCAUUGCAGUGGAAAGCUUGUUCGGUCGGUCUGGGAAGCCCCUGAAGAAACCAGGCCGGGUCCUGGUGGGAGAGGGGUGUUUGACAAAGCUCUGCCGGCGAAACCCUCAGCCCCGGGUCUUCUUCCUGUUCAAUGACAUCCUGGUGUAUGGCAGCAUUAUCGUCCAGGACAGAAGGUACACAGGACAGAAGGUCAUUCAGCUGGAGGACCUAAUGGUGGAGAGUCUAGAAGAUUCCCCAGACAUGAAGAACCAAUGGCUGCUCCGCACACCAAGCAAGUCCUUCUAUGUGUCGGCCGCCUCACCCCAAGAGAAGGAUGCCUGGAUCACGCAUAUCGAGGAGUGCCGCACCAAGAGGGUGAACGAGAGGGGCCCAGGGCCCGUGGAGGAUUUUGCCCCCUCCUGGAUCCCCGACAAGGCCUCGGCCAUUUGCAUGCGCUGCUGCACCAAGUUCACCUUCAGUCAGCGGCGGCACCACUGCAGGCAGUGCGGCAUCUUGGUCUGCGGCUCCUGCUCCAGCCAGCGGUUCCUCAUCCCCAACAUCUCCCGUGAGCCUGUGCGCGUCUGUCAGGUCUGCUUCCAGAAUCUGCAGGCCAAGGAGUUCACCCGCAACCGUGGAGACAGCGGCGGGAACAGCUGUACAGAAGAGACCUCCAGCGAUGAAGAGGCCGUCGAGCCUGGCCAGGACCCCUCACCCCAGCAGAGCCAUGUUUUACAAGGCUGGUCAUCCUGCAGUGACUGCUAAGCCUGCCAGAGACCACACUUUCAGACAAAUGAAGCUAAAGAAGGGCUCCACUGUGUUCAUGAAGCAUAGAAGAGGGAGCAGACUCCAAAAUGAAGCACGGUCAUUGACUACCUUAGUGAACUAUGAACAAAUGCUAUUUAAUGUUUAUAAAUCAUUUCAAAUGAGUUGUCUUGAACUGAAGUUGGGCAUGAUCAACAGAUGAGAAGAUAUUCUGAAUUCUUUUAAUAAUACACUAAGACAAGAUGUACUAUCUAACCUUUUUUCAAUGGGAAUAAUUUAUUUUUAUUUUUUAUAUAUAAUUUAGAUUAUGUAUUCUUACAUUUUAGUCCGUAGUAAUAUCAUCGUUUAUGACAUUUACUAAAGGAGUAUAUAUUGCAGCAAUGCUUUCGAUUUGAUAUUGACUAAUGCUGGAUGUGUUCAUUGAUUCAUGCUCAAAACAUGAAGCUUGUAUCCCCAAGAUGGGACUCUGAUGGUGUAUGCACUUUAUUUGUAUUGUAUUAUUUUGUAUUGUCUAUAAUUCUGCAUAUUUAUAUAAAUUAAAAAUAUUUAUACUGA